AUGAGAUGGGGAGUGGGUUAUGUUCUUUCCUCCCCUCCCGUCGGUCACAGAUCCAAUCCCAAUGUUGAUUCCAGGUGUGUGCUGGGAUCACACCUCGUUCGAGGCGCAGGACAUAACCUCGGGGAGGCUCAGAGUGAGCUUGAGAGCGAAUACGGUUAUGUCCGUACGGAAUACCCAUCCCAUCCAUCGAACCCAUUCGCACCAAGAGACGCUACGCCUCAGACAGCUCCCAAGGGUCCCUUUCUCGUCCGUCCCGUGGCCCGGCGUGCGUUUCCCCCUUCUGCUCAUGCUGUUCCUCUUUGGUCCAACCGUAUCUUGGUUGGAUCAUGGAUCAUUGGAUGGUCCCCUCCCCCCUUGUGUCUCCUCAAAAAAGGGUCCUGUCUUCGGGCCCGCGGAUCGCUGUUCGCGCGCAAAGGGUUCUAUAAGGUAAAGCACAAAGAGGAGGGGAGCCGGGGAUCACCUUACUGCUCGGUGCUAGGCAUGGUCAACUGGUCAGAGGAAGUUGGAGCGACGAUGAGCAACAACAACAAAAAAGAGGGUCUCGGCCGGGAUGCCGGGCUCUCGGCAGUGGCAUCUGAUGGCAUCGCCGAUUUUGGUACCAAAGUAAACCCGUUUGGUGGCUGUAGUGCUAUACAAUUCGGUAUCCCGCACUUGAAAGACCGGAUAGGGAAAGUAGUGUCAAACUCUGGUUCAACGGGCACAAGCGACAACGGUCAUACCGAUUGUGUAGUGAAUCAUAGUGUUUUGUGUCUUGUGUUUCCUUGCGCCGCCUUUGAACGGGACAAGGCUUCUGGGGUGGAUAGGACGGCACCAAAAGACCGCAAAGCCAAGAAGCCAAGGUUUUCCAUCCCUCUUGGCGAGCGUACGCGUCCACCGUCCAAAAGCGUUAGGACAUCUGCAGCUCCUCAGUUCGUCAGCUUUUCAAAGCUCGGCACGGCGAUCCAUUGCCGAGCCCGUUGGGACGGCACGAACGGGGUUUUGGAGGAUGCACUUGAUGCACUUGAUACACUGUUGUUCUUUCUUCCUCAAACCUCUGGCGCGAUUGGGGGACACCGGACCCCUGGAAGGGCGAUGCUCAUGCGGUUUCCUUUCGUCUUUGAUUGUCGACGAUGGUUUGAUUCAUCGCUGUGGCUGUGGUUUGAUACCAUGCAGAAAGAGCCAUACGACCCGUUUCCCUCUUUUCUUCUUUCUUUCUCUGGCUUGUUUGCCCGCAGAACGAACAGCUCAGCCCACUCGAUGUUUCAUUUGCAUGAAAUGACCCCCUAUCUACAUACAAUAUGCUCGGUAUUACCAGACAGGACAGGAGAUGACAUGCAAAGAGGUGGCAUUAAAGUAAAAGGGAAAGACAUGACACGGGAAGAGAGCUUCAGAUUGGGGUCCGGAAACGCCAUGUUUAAACCGGGCGGGUGGGAACCGGCGGACAGGGCGGAGCGCGGGUGCGGCGAGGCGGCGCCGCUCAGGAGUACAAGUACACCCAGCGGUAGGCUGCAGGAGCAAAGUCAGCAACAGGUCAAGUUCGAGACGUGCUUCAUGUUUACUGUUGUAUGUUUCUCUGGCCUGCCGCUUCCACCUCCUGCUGCUGAUCAGCCUGAUCCCGCGCCUCACCCGCCCACCCACACUCGCACUUGUCAUGCCUACUCUGAGGGGCCGACGGAGCCCCAUCUUGAACCCCUGCCUACGGAUAUUCUUUUGGUUAACCGGAUAGGUUGCCCUGGACCCUACCUUAGCCUGGCGCCCGCCCUACCAGGUCUGCAGAGCUCUGCAGCAACUCUCGCCUAUCACUUGCCACAAUGCGAUCUCCGUGGUCCUCCUCCUUCCCCGCCAGCGAGCACCUCAUCCACCGUACCUGGUAAGAUGGCCCGCAUAAUGAUACGUAUCACGAUACGGAAAAUGGCCAGUCUAGUUGUCCAUGGAAUUGCAACUACUAGACGGCAGAUGGAGCCGAGUGAAUUGAAACCUCAUCGAGCCGUUACGACCACCCGGUGGCCUCGGCCAAAUAAACUCCAGGGCGGUUUGUUUCCAUUCACUGAAUCAAUCACGCUCAUGACUGUGACUCUCGUCCAAAGUCUGAGGUGA